GGGGGCUUGGCGGGCCUGGGGCUGCUGCGGGGAGCUGGGUGUUGUGCACGGGGGUGGGGACUCCCCAUGAGGGCCGGACGGAUCUCCUUUCUCGGGGACGGGGCGAGCUGUCAGUGACGGGAGCGAGUGGAGCGGGGUGGAGGUCUCUUCCGAUGGGGAGAAAGGGAAGCGGCAGCACCGCCGGGCUGUGCUCGGCCCCGGGGACGGUCCCUCCCCUCUGUAGGGCUGUGACGCCGCCGUGAGAGCCUGACCUGGGGCGUCAGCGGGGAGAGAAAGUACCCCGAUUCUGGGAAUCGGUAUGGUGGGGUGGAGAAGACUGUGCUAAGAGGCAGGAAGGGGUGGAUGUGUGUGCGUGUAGAGAAUGGAGGGGAUGUUGCCAAGCCUGGUAAAAAAAAAAAAAAAAAAUAAUAAAAUGCUGCAGGAUAAGGGCUUGUAGCAAGGAUCUGUGCUGCUGCACCAUCUGCUGUGUACAGCAGUUGUGGUAUAGCAUCUUUCCAAAGUGAAGGUAGUGUCUUUUUGCUCUUUCUGCAAGAGGACAGAGGUCCGGCCUGUGCUGUGCAUUGGAGGAAAAGUACUGCAGUUGAUUGGUGACUGCAGUGUGCUGGGGAUAAGGAGUGAAGCAUCUUGUUCUCUGCCAUUGGGCAGCUAGUUUAUCGUGUGGGCAAAUGGAAAGGCAAAGAGCUGUGAGGUGUAACUUGGGAGCACGAGAGAAUGAAUCCUGUAUCAGUAAUCAGUAUAGAAUCUGUUGAGUGGAAUGCCAUGGUAGCAGUUAAAGUACCUCGUAAUUUUCGCUUAUUGGAAGAACUUGAAGAAGGGCAGAAGGGAGUAGGUGAUGGUACAGUAAGCUGGGGCCUUGAAGAUGAUGAAGAUAUGACACUCACCAGGUGGACAGGCAUGAUUAUUGGGCCACCAAGGACAAACUAUGAAAACAGAAUAUACAGUCUGAAAGUAGAGUGUGGACCUAAAUAUCCAGAAGCACCUCCUACAGUUAGAUUUGUAACUAAAAUUAAUAUGAAUGGAAUAAAUAAUUCCAAUGGAAUGGUGGAUGCACGGAGCAUACCAGUGUUAGCAAAAUGGCAAAAUUCUUAUAGCAUUAAAGUUGUACUUCAAGAGCUAAGACGUCUAAUGAUGUCCAAAGAAAAUAUGAAGCUUCCACAACCUCCAGAAGGACAAACUUACAACAAUUAAUUUUAGCUGAUUCUCAAACUUCUGUCUUAAAACAACAACCUUCUACUCAUGUUAAUGUCUUGAUUAAAUCUCACAAUGCAAACACCCACACAUUAAAAGAAUUUCAGCUGGUAUACAUGACCUGGACAUUUGUAAGAAUAUAUAUAAUAUAUGUAUGCCCAAUAUGUUUUCAGGCACUAUGGGAGAAAAAGGCAGCACAAUUAUUUUUUCUCUUACCAAGGCACUGUCAUUUAAGCAUAAGCCUGGAAUAGCCUAAAAUUGGAAUUCAGGUUUUACAAGAUGAAAGCAUGACAGGAAGUGUCAGAUUGCUGUGGAAUAAUAUAUGUUUCUGAAAAUAAUCUCUUGAGAAGGCAAAAUAUAAAUGGCAUGCUUUAUCCAUCUUGCUUAGUAAAAGAGCUGCAGUUAAAAUUUGUUUUAAAGUAGCAGGUACAGUGAAUACCGUUGCUCAUCUUGUUUAAUUUUGCAAGGGUGUGGGUACCGACUACUAGUAGUGUCACAAAGUAUGUUCAGGAUUGUUUUGAUACCUGUAUUUAUAAAAUGGGGGGAUUAAUUUCUGUUAAGCAGCUCCUGUGUGUUACAUGUAUCGGACAUGGCAAAUAUUUGUUUACAGUCUUUGUUCUAAUAAACCAUGCAUUUAAGUUUUAGUGAAACAAAGGAAAUGUAUGGAUAUGUGAUUGAGAUUAAAGUUAGUCUUAAAAUGUAAAUAAAAUGUGGAAAGUGUCUGAGGCUGUGCCAUUUCUAUAACAGUGAUGUAUUAUUUGUACAGUAACUUGCAGAAGUAGUGGAGAGCCAAACAUAAUAUUGCUGCUGGUUUUACAUGCACCUUCUAUUCUUACAUUUUGUAUGCUUAAUUUACUUUAGAGGUCAAUGUAUUUCUUUUGCUGCAGAGUAACUUCUGUCAUCUCUGCUACCACUUCUUUAUACAAACUUGCACUGUGCAUGUAAAGAAAAACAAAAAAAACCAAACAGCCUCCCCUCCUCAAACCAAAAGCAAAUAUCUCAUCUAUCAGAUUCCCCUAUGCCUCCCCUCCAGAAUCUUUUGAGAAAUGAGCACAACUUUCAAGUGACUUACUUGACCUCUGAGCAGUUUUCACACCACAUUUCUGAAGAUUCUCAGGUCUCUGUCGUGCUUUGGCAGUUGUUACCUCAAUUCAUGCAUUCUUGCAUCUUUCUUUCCUUUUAUGUUUCCUUUUUUUCUUGUCCCACCUUUGCCACUUCUCAAACACACACACA